UAGCCGCAGCAAGCAAACCAGCCAGCACACUCGUAGCAACUGUAAACUAGCUAGUCCAAUCGAGCUAGCUGAGCCAUGGUGUCCGGCGAUGGCGGCCGAGUGCCGUCGACGCAAUUCGCGAAGCACGUGGUGGGCGGGCGGUGGUUCAUGUUCUUCGCGUCGAUCCUCAUCAUGGCGGCCGCGGGCGGCACCUACAUCUUCGCCAUCUACUCCAAGGCCAUCAAGUCGUCGCUGGGGUACGACCAGCAGACGCUUAACACGCUCAGCUUCUUCAAGGACGUGGGCGCCAACGUCGGCAUCCUCCCAGGCCUCAUCAACGAGGUCACCCCGCCCUGGGUCGUCCUCGCCUGCGGCGCCGCCAUGAACCUCGUCGGCUACCUCAUGAUCUACCUCUCCAUCACCGGCCGCACCGCGCGCCCGCCCGUCUGGCUCAUGUGCCUCUACAUCGCCGUCGGCGCCAACUCCCAGUCCUUCGCCAACACCGGCGCGCUCGUCACCGCCGUCAAGAACUUCCCCGAGGACCGCGGCGUCGUGCUGGGGCUCCUCAAGGGCUUCGUCGGACUCAGCGGCGCCAUCUUCACGCAGCUCUACCGCGCCAUCUACGGCACCGACAACGACGGCGCCGACCUCGUGCUGCUCAUGGCCUGGCUCCCCGCCGCCAUCUCUCUGGUCUUCAUCCCCACCAUCCGCAUCAUGCCGCGGGACACCCCGGCCGCCGCCAGCAGCACCCGGGAGCGCAAGGCCUUCUUCUACUUCCUCUACGCCUCCAUCGUGCUCGCCGUCUACCUCCUCGUCAUGAACGUGGUGGAGCUGGAGGUGCUCAAGUUCCCCAGGACCGCCUACUACGUCACCGCCACCGUGCUCCUCCU